CCUAGCCUCCGGCAAAUCCCCGCCGCUCACCUUGCUCGGACCGCCUCCGCCUCCGCCUCCGCCUCGUCCCCCACCUCCUCACGACCGGCUCGGCCUCCGCCUCGUCCCCCGCCUCCUCACGAUCGCCCCUCCCUCCGGUUCAUCCCCGACGCCCACAUCCUCACGGCUGGCCCCGACCUCCUCUUGGCCAAAGGGGGGGGGGGGAGGAGGAGGACGCUGUGGCGGCAUCAGCAAGUUGGCCGGAGGUGUUCGCCCCUCUCCCUUAUCUCCAUUGCUUCUCUGUACGCCUUCCCUAUCAUUGUUGGAUCUUCCCAGGGUGCUACACUGUAAUUUGUCAGUCAUAGAAGGGUCUUGAAAUGGAUACAAAUGGAUGUUUCAGUGAUUUGCUAUGGAUGCCUCACAGCCAACACAAAAUAUCCAAAACUUGGGAAAAUCCUAACAUUUGCUUGAAUGUACGGUGUCAUCGUGUUGGCAUCCCAUUUGACCCCCUAUGUACAUCAGCUUUAGAGAACCUUGGUUUUUAUCAGAUUGCUAAGAUGAGGAAAAUCAAUGUCGACAAAUAUUUGAUAUCGGCAUUGGUGGAGCGUUGGCGGCCCGAGACAAACAGUUUUCACUUACCUGUAGGAGAAAUGACCAUUACGUUGCAAGAUGUCAGUUGUUUGUGGGGGUUGCCUAUCCAUGGUAAACCACUUGUUGGAAAAGCUUAUGCACAGUGGUCAGAAAUAGUUGAGAGGUUGCUUGGGAUUCCUGUGGAUGAACAACACAUGAAACAAAAGAAAAGGCGAAAAGGUGAUGAUAAUGCUGUUGUGAGGAAUUCACAAUACUCUCUAAAUCUGGGUAAACUGCGGGAACGCUUCCAUGUGUUGCCAGAUAAUCCAAUGGACAGGGAGAUUAAUUGGCAUGCUCGAGCACUUGUUCUAGAAAUUCUUGGCUCCAUAGUCUUUACUGAUACAUCUGGAGAUGGAGUGCCAGCUAUGUAUCUCCAAUUUAUGCAGGAUUUAGGACAACCAACAGAGUAUAAUUGGGGAGCAGCUGCUCUUGCUCUAUUGUAUAGACAAUUGAGCAUAGGUGCUGAGAAGGAGAGACUAGAAAUUUCAGGUCCUUUAUUGCUGCUACAGUUAUGGUCUUGGUCCCGUUUGCCACUUGGUCGCCCUAAAGUUAUUUUUGAGAAGCCCAAAGAAGGAGAGGAACUUGAUGAAGAGGAAGAAGAACAAGAAGUACACUUGGAUUAUAACCCUGUUUUUGGAGCAAAGUGGUGUGCUGCACAUGCAUUUGAUGUCCCUCAUAAUGCUGGUACUGAAUAUUAUCGAAAUCAGAUUGACUUGAUUCGAGAAGGUGCAGUUGGUUGGCAACCAUAUGAUGAUCUUCUGGAGCAGAUGCCUUUUGAAGUUCAUCAAGAUUCUAAUUGGUGGUUUGCUAGAGUACCACUCAUGCAAUUUUGGAUUGUGGAGUUCCACUAUCCAUAUAGGGUGAUGCGACAAUUUGGAUUAAGACAACCCAUUCCCCCUUCUCUUCCACGUGGCGAGGCAGAGGUUCAAAAACUUCGAAAAAUUAAACAUUCUGCAGGAAAAUUGCAUAAUUGGGAGGAAGUCCACGCCAAUUAUGUUCAAGAAUACAACCGUGUUGGUGCAAGAGUGUGGCCAGACGAUGUUCCCUUCGAUGAAGCUAGUUUACCUGAUUACAGAGAUUGGUUCCAACAAAAUGGUAUGUACACAGUAUUCUUCGAUUCUCAAUGCUUGGGCGGCCUAGAUAAACCUAUCCCAUAUCCUCGAGAUAGCAUCGAAUGGACUGGCUACAUGCCUAGUGACCGCCACUGGCUCGAAUUGGGUUACGCGAGAUAAAGAAUGCCCCAUGGGGUAUUAAAUGUGUUAUUACUAGUGGAUGGAAGAAGAUAGGAAAAACUAUACUGAGGUCCUGUGUAGGAAAUUUGUUGGAUUUGAACCUGGAGCCUAGGCUGCAAAGCAUGCUUACUGAGGCUAGGUUACCACUGAAUAUUGAAGAUAUUCCAUCUGAUGAAGAGGUUUCUGAUAUUGCUAACCCACCAAGCCCCCCAAAAGAGAGCAACUCCGAUGUGUUCAAUGAAUGGAUAUACUCCGGCAAAGGUUUUACAACAUACCUUAAGGCUGGUGAAGCGAUGAGAGAUGGGGAACCGACAACACAAGAUGUAGGUCAAGUUACCCAAUAAACCAACUCGAAUGAGCUUGGUAGAGCUAGUAGGCUUGCAUAAAGGAGUUCGUAGCGACUAGUUGGUUAGAAUGGCCAUCUCUAGAGCGACCUGGAGGUGUAGCUGACCAAAUCUUUUUGUAUUUGGC